AUGACGUCUGACAAAGACAAUAUGGAUGAUGACGAUACUGGCAAGAAGACAGACCGUACAAGUGUCGGUGACGACGAUGAUGACGAAGAGGAGGAGGAGGACGAAGAAAUGGAAAUGGAAGAAGUGUUUGAUGAAACGGAACGAGACGAGGAGGACUGGAUGACAGAAUCAGCUCCUGCUCGAAUGAGUCUCAACAAAAAUGGCGUCAGCGAAUUCACAAGAGAGAGAUUCCAAGAGCCAAAUGAGGAGGAAGUUGUAGACAACGCAACAGCCAAGGAAAAGAAGGAACCCGAAAGAACGGAAACCACCGCAGUAGAAAGGGCUGACAAUACAAAAAACCACAAGCUCUUCACCAUCAAAGGAACCACCCAAGAAGAAGGAGGAAGAUGA